AUGGAUCCAGCAAUUAUUCGAGCCAGAGAAGAGAGGAAAAAGAAGAAAAUUGAAAAGCAAAUUCGAAGAUUAGAGAAGAAUGCCAGACAAUUGAAGCCUAUUGACGAAUGUGAAGUGUCUCUAGAGCUCUUAGAUCAAAAAUUAGAAAGGCGAAGAGGAAUAUUAUACUCGCUUGGGUUAUUAGAAAAAAGAGUCCUCCUAGAAAAAAAAUGGGCCAAUUUUAAGAGAGAGCAACUCCUAGAAGAUCUACAAAUGAUCGACAGGGUUAUUUUCCAUCAACAAAAAGCUGUACAUGAGCUCAAAAAUGAGUCCGAGGAGUUGUACCAGGAAGCUAUACAGCCUGAUUUUCACAUGGUGCCUUUGAAAAGCAUUGGCCCUGUGGAGAUGCCUGCCAUAAACAAUUACCAGGUUCCCGACGGAGACUAUCAAGAUGUUAAUAGAAAGUUGGUUUAA